UGUUGAUGUUCGGGUGACCCAGCGUCUUGAAGGAGAAGAGUUAUCCUAGAUGACUGUCUAGAAUCAACUUUUCUAUUCUUCAUGUGACUCUUGGAUGUUUUAAAAUGUCCGGGUUUCAGGAUUUCUCAGUUUUUCCUGAGGACGUCCAGCAGCUGUCAGUGAGUAAAGAAGAGAAGCAGGAGUGGGGCUCCUGUUUGAACCAGAAUAUUCCUGGGCCAUGGCACAUUAAAGAGGAACCAGAGGAACUGUGGAGCAGUCAGGAGGAGCUUCAAGGACCAGAGGAGGAUGAUAUCAUCAAGUUCACUUUUUUCCCUAUCCCGGUGAAGUGUGAAGAUGAUGAAGAGAAACCUCACUCCUCACAUCAUUAUCAAAGACAGACUGAACAGAUGGAAACAGGAGCUGAUGGAGAGGACUGUGGUGGAGCAGAGGCAGCCUGGUGUUUUGAUCCAGAGAGAUACUUACGUCCAGAGACUGAGGUCCAGACUGAUGAAUCUUCCGAUCCCGAGCCUGAUGACAGUACUGAUUGGUGGGAGAUUACAGAACAUCUGUCAAGUUUAAACUCAGUGGAAAAAAUCACAGAAGAAAGAGCUAAUACUGAGAAGAAAUGGUAUACCUGCUGUGAGUGUGGUAAAAAAUUAAAAUACAAAUGUCAUCUUACAGAGCAUAUGAGAGUUCACACAGGAGAGAGGCCCUUCAGCUGCCCUGAGUGUGGUAAAAGAUUUACCCAAAAAAAUCAUCUUACUUUUCACAUGAGAAUUCACACAGGUAAGAAACCAUUUGUCUGCACUGUGUGUGGCAAAGGAUUUAACCGUAACAUAAGUUUGACCAGACACAUCGUAGUCCAUACUAAAGAAAAGCCUUUCAUCUGCCCUGUGUGUGGUAAGAGAUUUACCCGGAAAGAAAAUGUAACGGUUCACAUGAGAAGUCACACAGGAGAGAAACCAUGUGUCUGCUCUGAGUGUGGUAGAGGCUUUAGCCAUCAAGUCAUUUUGACCAGACACAUGGUAGUUCACACCAAAGAAAAACCAUUCAGCUGCUCUGUAUGUGGUAAGGGAUUUACUCAAAAAGGAAAUAUAGUUAAUCAUAUGAGACUUCACACAGGUGAGAAACCAUUUGGCUGCUCUGAGUGUGGUCAGAAAUUCACCCAAAAGGGAGGUUUGAGUACCCACAUAAAAAUUCAUAAAGGAGAGACACAAUUCAGCUGCUUUGAGUGUAGCAAAACAUUCAACUUAAAGUGUGGUUUGAAAGCUCAUAUAGCAAUUCACAGAAAAGAGAGAGGCCUCAGCUGCUCUGAAUGUGGUAAAACAUUUAGUAUUAAAGGUAACCUGACAACACAUAUGAAAGUUCAUACAAGAGAAAACCCUUCAGCAGCAUCCUCUGAAGACUGUUUGACUUAACAUGUUUUCUUAAACCAAAGGAAAACUGUUCUGAUGCCCUAAGUGUGAGAAAACAUUUUGUCAGUAAUAUUCUCUCAUACAGCAUAUGGUCAUUCACAUGGAUGAGAAACCCUUCUGCUGCUCUCUAUGUGGUGAUAGAUUUAAGUCUAAAUCUAAUCUGACACCUCAUAUGGCUGAUGAUACAGGAGAGACACCCUUCUGAUGCACUUUACAUUUUGAAAGAUGUCAGUUAAGAUUUCAAAAGUGUGUUAACCGUCAGAGCCUCUUCAGAACCAAACUGACAGAAACAAAAGCAGCCAGGAGCUCAGACCCAGAGACAUUUACAACCAUAGAUUUUUCUGAACCUGACACUGAAACACUUAUUAUUAGAGAUGUAAUGGUUUCAAAAUCUUAUGGUACGAUACUACCUUGGUAACAAGCCCACAGUACAGUAUUUAAAGAAAACUUCAAAUGAAGAAAUGGAAAAAAGUGGCAUCAGCAUUUCUAAAAAAUGACAGUAUGUGCAAAAAAGUGCCAUUGGUGAGCAUUUGGCUUAACAAUAUAAACUCAUACUUUGGCUCCAGCAUGUUUCCUAACCUUCCUUAAGAGUCUUUUCAACUGGCCAGAUGCUGCUUCUCACAUCUUUGUGAAUCUUUUUGGAUUGAUGAUUUGCCAAGUGGCUCCUUAUCCUCUUAUUUCUUAUAAAGUGUUUCAUCGCAGUCUGGCUGUGUCCGCAUAUUGUUUUUGUUUGUCGGUCACCUUUUCUCCUUUUUUGUUUCUUGACACCGGGAAACCAAAAUGCUUCCACAUGUCAGAUCUGAUAGUCACAGAAGUCUCUGAAAUCUCAAAAACUUCUGUCAAUCUGGUCUCCCCUUCUAGAUCAAGCCAGCGAGUGGAGCACCAAGGAUGAUGGGUAUGCAAGGGCUGAUGGUAGCUGUAGUUCCCUCUUCCCUUCACUCUGCUCCGCUAAAAAGACUUCACUUUUUGCCCUUAAGAGGAGACCUGUUGUUUGAAACCAUCAUGUGUCCACUCUGACACGAGGUGCUUCUAUCACCAUGAUAACAGGAUAAACCAUUACAUCUCUAACUAUUUAUGGAAGAGGACCAGAGGGAAUCUUGGCAUUCAGAUGAAAUAUGACAUUUUAAUGCUUAUGAAUUUCAAAACUUUUGUACGUUUUUUUUUCCAAAAACAAUAGUUGUUUAAUUAUUUUGAGGCAAAAAGCACUAUUAUUGUCAAAAACCAAGACACUUUAGCCUUGAAUGAUAUAGUAAUACAUUGUAGUAACUGCUGUAAUCUUAGAAUUAAAAGUCAGAUGAAACAUAAGACUUUAACCUUUGGAGUUAAAAUGGCUUUAAAUAGCUGUUGAAUUAUUAUUUUUUGUUGUAAGAUUAAUAUCUUUUUGCUCUGAAUAAGAUAUGUACAUUUAAGUUUCUGUUACCUUUACUUUUAUAUUACAUAUAUACUGUUAUUUUGGAUGGAACUGACUGUCAAAACAACCCUAAGGAAUUAGUUUUUUAAAACAAUCAAUGGGUCAAAGUGAUGGUUCUUGUUUCAACAGUGUUUAAUCUCUAUUUUACCACACUGAGCCACAGCUUCACACUUACCUGUGUUUUGUAUUAGUUUGUGUUGUCUUUCUCUUUUGUUUCAGUAUCUGUCAGCACAAAUCUUUUGAUCUUAAAUUUGUCCUUUGCCUUAUCAUUUUGACCUUUUUUUUUUCUAAGUUUAAAAAAAAAUGCCAUUAAUUUUUUAAAUAUUACCCUUGAAUUAGAAGACCAUAGUUCUUU